AUGAUUCACAGUCGCAAAGCCAAGGGCAACAGGCGUCCCGUCCUGCCGAAACUCCCCUUACUCCCUGGCAGACUAAGACUGUCGGACUCGGACGAUGGGCAUGAAGAAGACCAUGGAGAAGACGCCGAGGAUGAGGAGGUGGAGGAGGACGAGGACGAGGAAGCCCAGACCCAAGAACAGGAAUUGUCUGACGUUGAACUCCAUGACCCUGCUGCGCAAGCCUAUGCCAGGCGCCCACCACGCCGAAGAGCGCGACGCCACGAUCCCUAUGACCAUCACACGUCUCACAUUGCAACGGCGGGCCAUGCUCACGCCGCCGCGAUGGCCGCCGCCGCCGCCAGCGCUGAGGCCGAGGCCGAGGCCGAAGCAGACGAAGAACGACGAGACCGCCAACGCAUCGAGCGACUGCUACGGGAAAUGAUGGCGAGACAACGCGCGCGAGCCAAAGGGAAAAUAGCCAAGGUAUCGAAGGUGUCGCCCUCGCUCUCGCCUGAGGAGGACGAAGAAGCCGAGCAAGAUGAACUGAUGGGAUUGAUCAUGGGCAGUCUGCGGAGGGAGGUGGCCAGGGCGGACGAGGAAGCUUGGAUGUUUGGCGAGCCCUUGGGAGUGGGAGGGAUUGCGGGGAGAGACGAGAUUGGUGUGUACGACUAA